AUGGAGCAGCAGGCGGAGGCGGCGAGGAACGCGAAGGAGUCGCUGGAUUUGGCGUUCCAGAUGUCCAACAUGCUCGAGACCGGCCUAGAUCGCCACACCCUGUCCCUCCUCGUCGCCCUGUGUGACCGCGGGGUCAACCCUGAGUCCCUCGCCGCUCUCAUCCGGGAGUUCUCCACUCCCCGACCCGCGACGGCGGCGGCGUCUGCGCCGGCACCGACGCCGAUGACCCCUUCUACGGUAGCGCUGAGGGAUAGCUACUUCCGUCGCCUGCAUUCAUAA